AUGAUAAUUCAGGACCAAUCACUGCGUUCCCGGCAAGAACGAGAGAAAAAGAUUCACGACAUGAGCGAAUCUACGCAAGAAGUGUUCAAUAAAGAAAGAAAACGUUUUUCGAUCGGUGUUGAACAAAUGAUGGAACAGAAGCAGCUGGAACAUCGCGAGGCUAUGCGAAAGUUAUCACAACAAGAGCAGAAAGCCCUUCAGCGGCUUGAGGAGAUUGUCUCUAGCGCACAGGACGAUCGUCCAGCACGAUCUACUUCAAGGUAG